AUAAUCCACUAGAUAAACGCACUCGCUUUUUAUCACGUUCCGCGUCUUUAUCCAAACUUGCGUAAAUGUUUGCGAAAUCAAUUGCUUAUCUGGAUUUACCUAUGUAAAUCGUCGGGAGCUUCAGAUCUAAAUUUGUAUCUAUAUCCGCUAUCAAGCCCAUAGUGAUAUCAAUUCCUGCUAAAUAAUGAAAUUUAAUGAUUAGACUAUUCCAAGAUAUAAAUCUGCUUUAUAAGUUGUGCACUGAGCAAAGUUUUCAUUAGAUAGUCUAGAACGAGAUACUUGUUCUCAUCUACAGUGUUUGAUCGAAGUUCAGUGUAUUGAUCUAUAUCCAACAAUUCAGCUUGCAAAAUUAGAAAUGCUUGUUCACUCUAAACCGGAUAAUUGCUGGCCUCUCCCGAGAAUACGGAAAUCAAUUGUCAGCCUUUGACAUAUCCAAUGUUAAUUAAAUUCAAAUUUUUCCACGCUACAGCGACCACAUCAAUAGCCUGCGGUUGGCAGAGUCUACGAGCGAAAAGAAUCUAAACCUACAUCUUCAAUUCCACUAGAUCGAAACCACCAGAUAUCCUCUCGUAAAUCCUUCCCACUCGUAACAAAUACGCAUUAGAAUAAUUACGUUUUGUACCACACAAGCCUAGAGGGCCGUAAGCUAUCCAAAUUGCUGAGCUUUUGACUGUUAAAACAAAUUAAUUAUAGAAAAAUUAAGAUGCCGCCAUUGCCAGAUGUUAAAAAUGUUAUUGUAUUCAAAUCAAAACGGUAAAAGUAUCUAUUUCUCUGGUACGAUGGUGUUCUGCCAGUUAAUUUUUUAGUUGUAAUUUUAUUUAUUUUUUAUAUUUAAUAUUUGGAAGUUUUAAGUCUGUAAGUAUUAUUUUAAGUGCGUAGAAGUCCUUUCCUGUCCUGCUCAUUUCCUCUGUCCUGCGCAAACACGAACAAUAUUAACAAAAUGAUUGAGGCAUACUCAGUAGAAAUUCUAUGGAUCGUUAUCCUUGGUUUCACUAUCGCGUUUAUCCUGGCAUUCGGGAUCGGAGCCAACGAUGUGGCGAAUUCAUUUGGAACCAGCGUUGGUUCCGGAGUACUGUCCAUAAGGGCUGCAUGUAUUUUGGCAACAUUUUGUGAAAUCUCUGGUGCAGUUCUUAUAGGAUACAAAGUGUCGGAUACAAUGAGAAAAGGCAUUCUUGAAGUGAGCCUAUAUGAGGGCCAUGAGGUAGAGUUGAUGCUCGGCUGCUUGGCAGCUUUGGCAAGCAGCGCGUGCUGGUUAUUAGUUGCGACAUUUUUCAAGCUACCUAUCUCUGGAACGCAUAGUAUUGUUGGCUCUACCAUCGGAUUCAGCCUUGUAGCACGCGGUACCCAAGGAGUACAAUGGAAAACUCUAGGCACAAUUGUCGGAUCAUGGUUCAUUUCGCCCGUCCUUAGUGGCUUCAUGAGCACAUUUCUCUUUUAUAUAAUAAAAAAGCUCAUUUUACAAUCGGAAAACCCGCUUAAAUCCGGCUUGAUAGCUAUGCCCAUCUUUUAUGGAGCCACGAUUUUCGUGAAUAUAUUUAGCGUUGUUCUGGAUGGACCGAAACUUCUUCACAUGGAUAAUAUACCUUUGGGUAUAGCCUUGGGAGCGAGCGCUUUGAUAGGAUUGCUGACAGUCAUUUUAGUGAAACUCAUAGUUGUCCCAGCCUACAAGAAAAAGAUCAUGGAGCAAAUCAAAGCCGAGAAACCAGUUCGAUUUGUGAUUGAUGACUCUACAGAAUCAACCCCGAACAUCAGUCCCAAACGCAGCCGCCGACCUGUUUCAUUAAUAUGUGAUGGACAACAGUUACCAGCAAUCACCGAAACAACAGAGCUUACAUCACUCACAACUACUUCACCAAAAACUGGAGGCUACUGUGAGCUGAACCUUAUGAAGGCCAUUGAUUUGAGUGAUCCUAGCAAAAAUGUUAACACUGCAAAGACCAACGGCAAGUAUGAAAUGGACGCGAAUAUAAUCCGAAAAGCUGAGAGUCUGCUUGGAAAAGCAAGUCUGGAUAACAUUGACCUGACCAUAACCAGUUUAAAUUACAUCGAUGACCAGCAACAGAAUAACGUCUAUCUGAAUGGCAAGGAUCUGAAAGGAGUUUUCGAAGCGCAUGAUGACACCAAAGGUCGUGAUACUGCUGAUUGCAAUGAUGCCCAAGAAGUCGCUAGAAGCACAAAUCUUAGUCCAAAGGGUGAAAAGCCUGUGAUACAAACCGACAAACCCGAUUUCAUCCUCUCCACCGCCGUGAAUAAGGUCACUAACAACAACGCUGUCGAAAAGAAGAACCUGAAGAAUAUUGAGAGCGAGACGAGCCUUGAGUUGAUGGUGUCCUCGACAAUAUCAGCGAAUUCGAGCAAGGUCCCGCUGAUCGGAGGCCAAGAGAACAAGAUUACAACAAGAGCAGUUAAUAAAAAUGCGGAGGAAACCGAGGAAGUGUCCAAGCUAUUUUCAUUUCUACAAAUAUUGACUGCAACAUUUGGAAGCUUCGCACACGGCGGAAAUGAUGUCAGUAAUGCUAUAGGACCAUUAAUCGCUCUCUACAUGGUCUAUAAAGAGGGCUCAGUGCUGCAGAAAUCGGAAACUCCACUCCCCAUAUUGGUAUAUGGUGGUGUUGGGAUUUCCGUUGGACUUUGGCUGUGGGGACGACGUGUGAUAGAAACCAUUGGCAAUGAUCUAACCAAGAUUACACCAUCGACAGGUUUCACCAUAGAAGUUGGUGCUGCUAUGACAGUAUUACUAGCCAGUAAAAUCGGUUUGCCUAUCUCCACCACUCACUGCAAAGUAGGUUCGGUUGUUUUCGUUGGUUACUUCAGUUCUAGCAAGGAUAAAAGACGCUCCAAGAAACCAGAUGAGGAGGAGCCGAGUGAGAUUAUGGGAAACGAUGGGGCUGUUGAGAGGAAGCCUGUAGAUUGGCAGCUGUUCCGAAAUAUUAUUUACGCUUGGGUGGUAACUGUUCCAAUUGCAGCCCUGCUUAGUGCUGCUAUAAUGUUUAUUUUAUGUCAAUUGGUGCUCUAAAGUGAACCGUUCACACUCAUUUGUUGUUAUUGCGGAAAAAAGCAAAAUGGAGGAAAACCUAUACCGUUUAAGAUAGAAAAGAUAUUA